UGGGCGGAGCUCUGCUGAGCGGGCGGUGUCUCUAGCUCCCCAGCUCCUGUGCUCCUUAAGCUGUACAGCAGCGGGUUACGGAGCAGCUGGGCCUGCCAGGUUCAGCCCUCACCCUUGUCUGAUGGUAGAUCCUGACGCCAAGUGACUUCCCAGGGACUGACGCAACCCUUGCCUCUCUGUCAAAUACCAGGGGCCGCGAUGGACCUGGUCCUCAGUGCCGCCGAUUACUACUUCUUCACGCCAUAUGUGUAUCCAGCCACGUGGCCAGAGGACAACAUCAUCCGACAAACUAUUAGUCUCCUGAUCGUCACGAACCUGGGUGCUUAUAUUCUCUACUUCUUGUGUGCGACCCUCAGCUAUUAUUUUGUCUAUGAUCAUUCCUUAAUGAAACACCCACAGUUUUUAAAGAAUCAAGUCCAUCGAGAGAUCAUGUUCACGGUCAAGUCUUUGCCCUGGAUCAGCAUCCCGACAGUUGCACUGUUCCUGCUGGAGCUUAGAGGUUACAGCAAGCUCUAUGAUGACAUAGGACACUUCCCAAAUGGCUGGAUUCAUCUCAUCGUGAGCGUGAUCUCCUUCCUCUUUUUCACGGACAUGUUGAUCUACUGGAUUCAUAGAGGCCUGCACCAUAGACUGGUCUACAAGCACAUACAUAAACCUCAUCAUAUUUGGAAGAUCCCUACGCCAUUUGCAAGUCAUGCUUUUCACCCUGUGGACGGCUUCCUUCAGAGUCUGCCUUACCAUAUAUACCCCUUUGUCUUUCCACUGCACAAGGUGGUCUACUUAGGUUUAUAUGUGUUGGUUAAUGUAUGGACAAUUUCUAUUCAUGACGGCGAUUUUCGGGUUCCCCAGAUCUUAAGGCCAUUUAUUAACGGGUCAGCUCAUCACACAGACCACCACAUGUUCUUUGACUAUAACUAUGGGCAGUAUUUCACAUUGUGGGAUAGAAUUGGAGGAUCUUUUAAGAAUCCUUCCUCUUUUGAAGGGAAAGGACCACAUAGUUAUGUGAAAAACAUGACAGAAAAAGAAUCCAACGGCCUUGCAGAAAAUGGCUGUAAAAGCAAAAAGUUAUGCAAUGAAGAGUUUACAAAGAACAAGUAGAUUAUUUCCCAAUUAUUAACGAUUUUAAAUAAGAAAAUAAUCUACACACGGUCGAGCAAUAUAGCAAAUAAGGGGUGUCAUUUGAAUGUCAGCAUUGCUUGAGUGUCGUGCUGAGGAACGGUCCCAAUGCUGAGCAGUGGGAAGGCCCUGGGAGGAUUGUAAUCUCUUGGUUAAUUGUCCGACAUUGGUCCUGAGACAACUUGUGUCUUUCCAGCCAGCUGAUGUGCAGCCUGUACAGCCCCAACAGCAUCUUCAAAUACGAUAGAAAAUGAGCUGCUGAAGAAGCUGGUCUGUGUCCUUUUGCCUUAAUCCAUGCAUACUCAUUAAGGGAAAAAGUACCAUUGUGCUUAACAAUACUGAGGCUAGCCAGGAAACCCUAAAUAUGAAGAUGUUCCAGGAGCCGCUGGCUCCACAGCAGUGCUGCAGGAUUGCAGGACGUCAUUCAAAUAGGAAUAUCAGUCCAAGCAGGCUGAUACAUGAGUGGCAAUGUAUAUGAUUUACUUAAUGACUGAUGUAAUAAGAUUAUAUUUUCUUCCUAUACAUAGGCACCUUACUCUCUGGGGUGUUAUCAGGUUUUAAUAAAUGAAUAAAUAAAUGGUAAUUUUUUAAAUGUCAGCUCUUCCAUGAUUCAGUCCAGAUAGGAGAUUAUUUAACCUAAGAUCUUGGUAAGUGUCAUAUUUUAUUUUAUUUUAUUUUAUUUUAUUUUAUUUUAUUUUUGAGACAGGGUUUCUCUGCAUAGCCCUAACUGUCCUGGAACUCACUCUGUAGACUGGGCUGGCCUUGAACUCAUAUUUGCCUGCCCCUGCUGGGAUCAAAGGUGUACAUCACCACUGCCCAGCAUGAUGUGUGUCGUUUAAAACCACUGUUUAAUAACCCUACAGCCAUGAAUCUGGAUAAUGCUAGAUAUAAACUUGUGGCACCCAGGUGACAUUGUUUUUAAUAAAGUGGAUGCACUGUACUUUUGA